GAGAGGCGGUCCAAGACUAGGACCGAGGGACGAGGCAGAGGGGGGAAAGGGAGCAACACUCGGUUGGCGUAGAGAUAGCACAGCCGUUGAUUUGUAUUGCUGUCGGCAGAGAUCCCGCCUGAUCUGCGUGGAUCCAAGGCCCGCAGGCGUAACAGAGAGGGCUUUUGGAAGGCAGGCCUUCCCUGCAUCAUACCCACGGACGCGGUAGGCACCAACGCGCCCUGAUACAAGCUUCGUGCACUCCCGAACGGUGGAGAGCACACGGAGCAAAGACACUGGCAAAUCGCUAUAUCCGAGCUGGUCACUCGCUGGAAGGAAGCUGAGCGGCGCGCUCUAUCGUUGUUUUGCCGACGGGAUCGCGCGCUUUCGGGAGAGGCGAGAGGAGCAAAGCAGCAGGCGUUGUUCGUAGGGCGAAAAUGGUUAGGCUCGUGGUGAACAACAUGGCCGGCGUGGUGAACGGUAAGGCGCCGCCAUCCGAUCUCGGUCUCGCGAAAAACAAGGGCAGCAGUGGCAACGGCGACGACAGGAACGGAAACGGCGUGGCCAAGGCGGCGGUGGGGAACGAUGGUAGCGGGCGAGCGGGGCAGGGAGAGGGGAAUGGCGGCACGGCGGCGGCGCCGCGGAAGCUGACCAAGAACGAGAAGCGACGGCAAAAAAACAAGCAGAGAAAGGCGCAGGCCGUGGAGGGCGCGGUGGUGGAGAAAUCUAUGGCGGAAUCGAAUGGCGUCGCCGUGGCUUCGUGGCCACCCCCGCCGGCACCGAAGGACGAAGCGUCGGAUGUGCAGGUGGAGUACGUCGCCGACAACACCUCGGUCCUCGACGGGGCCGAGAUGGACGCCGCCUCCCUCGAGGAGUUCAAGCAGAUCUUCGAGCGGUUCACCAAGGUCGCGGACGAGGCCAGCGGCGCCGCCGCCGACGCCGCGGAGGCGGAGGCGGAAGCGGCGGCGGCGGCGGCGGAGGCGGCGAAGGCGGCCAGCAAGAAGGCGGCGGCGGCGGCGGCCCGCGGGAGCGACGGCGAGGAGGAGGGGUCGGACGAGGAAGGGGCGGGGCCCCGGUUGUCCCGGAAAGCGCGAAAGCUCAAGAGCAGACUUUCGGUGGCAGAGCUUAAGCAACUCGUGCAGCGGCCGGACGUGGUAGAGGCGCACGACGUGACGGCGGCUGACCCGCGCAUGCUGGUGUUUCUCAAGUCCUACCGCAACACGGUGCCGGUGCCGCGACACUGGUGCCAGAAGCGAAAGUACUUGCAGGGGAAGCGAGGGAUAGAGAAGACGCCGUUUGAGCUGCCGGAGUUUAUCGCCAUGACAGGCAUCGAUAAGAUCAGGGCGGCGAUCGAGGAGGCCGACAGUCAAAAGAAGGCGAAGCAGAAGCAGAGGGAGAGAGUCGCUCCAAAGAUGGGGAAGAUCGACAUCGACUAUCAGGUGCUUCACGACGCGUUCUUCAAGCACCAGACCAAGCCGCCGCUGACAAACCCGGGGGAUCUGUACUACGAGGGCAAGGAGUUUGAGGCCAAGAACCAGGAGCACAAGCCCGGGCACAUCAGCUCAGACUUGAGAGAGGCGCUGGGCAUCGGAGAGGACGACCCUCCGCCAUGGCUCAUCAACAUGCAAAGAUACGGGCCGCCGUUGUCCUAUCCGCACCUCCGAAUCCCGGGGCUCAACGCUCCUAUCCCAGCGGGGGCCCGGUACGGGUUCGGUUCGUCGGAGUGGGGAAAGCCUCCGGUGGACUCGAAGGGAAACCCUCUGUACGGAGACGUGUUCAACCUGGCCGCGAAGGACGGGGACGACGUCGAAGAGAUGGACAAGUCUCACUGGGGAGAUUUGGCCGAAUCCGACGACGACGACGACGACGACGAGGAGGAGGAGGAGGAAGAUGAGGAGGAGGAAGACGGCGGGGCGGAGACGCCUAUGUUCGAGGGCGGCGGCGUCUCGAGCGUCUCCGGGCUCGAGACGCCGGACACGAUGAUGGACCUCCGCAAGAGGGCCGGGGUGGACACCCCCGACACGACCGGGCUGUCCGCGGUGCCCCAGGAGCUCUACAAGGUGGUCCAGGCGAGGGAUUCGGCCGUGGGGGCCGGGGCUCUGUUCGGCGGGGACCGAAAGUACGUCCUGCCCGGCUCCAAGGCCGGCGGGGGCGGCGCGGCGGGGCUGGGCGGGGACGCUACCGAGGCACCCCCGCGGGACGUGCAGGUGUCCCUUAACCCCGACGAGGUGGACGAGCAGCUCAACGACGAAGAGGGCCUCCGGGAGAAGUUCGAGGAGCAGGAGCGAGCAGCCGCGUCCGUCGGCGGCGCCAAGGGGAAGGAAGACGUGAGCGAUAUCGUGGCCGAGGAGAACCGUAAGCGCAAGCGCAAGCUCGAGAAGAAAGAGAAGGAGAAGGCGGCCGACAAGGGCAAGCGCUACAAGGACUCCUUCAAGUUUUAACGCUUUGCGGUACGCGUGGUUCUCGGCUCCAAUGUUAGUUUUGUUUUGUGUUCGACAGGAUUCGUGUGUGUGCUGUGCUUCUCUUGCCUCGUUUUUUUUCCCGGUUGGUUUGGUCUCUUGGUCGGUCGGUCGUGCGACUGCUGUGGUCUUCGAUCAUCUUGACCGUGGCUGCUUUGUUUUGUUUGAUCUUGGCUGGUUUCGUUCUUAUUGUAUUAUUGUCUCUUUCUUCUACUCAGGCUCUCCCUAGUGAACUACUUUGGUUCGGCUUGUUUCCUGUCUUGGUACUUGCAUCCCUGCUCGGUCUUCGCAGAUGGAAGAAGAUUGACCUAUGUAGAUGGUCUAGCUCUCGCCGUCUUUCGCGUUUGUCGUGCGCUUUAUUUUGAGGCGACGGAGACGGUGACGAUACAAGAAGAUGCCGAUCGAUAUGGAAACAAGGAAAAACAACAAAAAGAAAUGCCGGCUUAUGUAGCGUUCAACCAGCGCCCGUGGCUUUAACAAAUAGAAAAAAGGGUGGGGAGCCCGUGGUUUCCUCUCGUCUUGAGAAGCAAGGCAAAAAGCGCGGCCAUCGAAAGGGUCCGUGUUGCGGCUCCGAGUUAUCCUUACGCUUAUUUUUCUGUCUCCACCAGCCGAGGGACUGCUAGCAAUGGUUGACUGGGGGGGACGAUGCUCCAAAGGGGUAUUUAUCCACGUGCAGGGGCGAGGCGCGUCUGGUUGUCGUCCCCGGCCGCGGUCUGCGCGAGCCAGUCAGAAGAACGUGUGAUGUCUAGCUCUUGGUUGUCUGUCCGGUUUGAACACGGCCGUUCGGCGAAGAAGUCAAGGAUAUAUAUUUUGCCGCUUGUGGCGGCGGCGGCGGCGGCGACGACAUAGUGCCGCAAGAAUCGUUCGUUUGUGCCGACGGUAGGCUCUCGUUACACCAGUGGUCCACUUCGUGUGGUGUGUCGGGAGAGCAAGCGACGACGGCGUAUGCACGGUGUCUGCCGUGUCGUGUGUUUUUGUUCGUUGCCCGCAAAAGCGUGGGAGAAGUACUGGGCGUACCCCAGGGGGGCG